GCGUCGAGGAGACGCACCAGGCAUUGAAGGAGCACACGGACUCGCUGGAAGCGACGCUCGCUGGCCGUGAGACGACCAUCGUGGAGCUGGACGCGCAUGCGCAGGCCGUGCUGCUCAGCAAGGAGCAGGAGAACCAGACGUGCCGGCAGCGCAUGAAGAGCUUGCAGCGCGAGAUCGACGAGCAUAGGAGGAGCAUAAAGGAGCUACGCACGCAGCUACUAAGUGAGAAGGGAGGCAGUGUGAGGAACAAGCGGAAUGUGGAGUCGAUGACAAUGAAGCUGGAUCAGCUUGGCCAGGACCUCAAAAACAAGUGCGAAGAGGUGCAGUUGUUGCGUGUGGAGUUUGAUCGCAGUCGUAACUCCGAGAUGCGGUACAGGGAGCGCUGCAGUCAGCUCGAUACGGAAGUUAAGGCGCUGCGCACAGAUGUGGAACGACUGCGGCGCCAGCUGGUGGACACAGAGGCAAAGGACCCAGUUCUUGUUGAACAGAUGAAGACUCUCACGUGGCAUCUGAGGCAGAAGAAUAUAGAGAUCGACGGACUGAGGGAGCAACUGAAACUAUCUGAGGAGCGGCAGGGUGCAGAGAUUGAUAACGUUAAAAAGAACAGCCUGGUGUCGGGGAAGGAACUGGAGUCUAUCCGGCACGAGCUGGCGAACACUAGAGAGGAGAAGUUCAGCUAUCAGGCCAAGAUGGUGGAGCUGCAGGCAGCCCUGAAGGCCACUGUGGAACACAACGAGAUGCUUAAGAAGCUGCAGAAGGGGGAAGUUGGGGAAGAGGAAAGCAUACUGGCACAGCCACGGUACAGCAUGGCCGCCAUAGAGGAGCUACUGCAGCAGAGUGUUGCUUCAGCCAAGUCCAGGCCAUUGCACAGCCUGCAGGCCUGCCUGAAGAACCUGCGUAAUGAGAUGCAACAGCUACAGCAACAAGUGAGCGAUCACACAAACGCCAUACAGAAUACUGCACAGUCAUGGAGGCAUGUUGAGAGUCAAGUGAAGGUAAUCAAGGAACAGUGUACGUCUGGAUUGAUGGGAACAACGAAUUCUCCCACCACGACAAACUCCAACUCUCAAACUGCAGUAGAAAUCGUCUAGACGCCAACGACACGGGGUCAGGACCUUGCGUGCAGUACAUGAUCGGACUGGAUUUUCUGCGAGUGAGAUUCUAGAAUUAUUCUGAAAAAUGUCUGCCUUAAUCACUAUAAUUAUUUACUGAGCUAUGUGGCCAAGUGUAACACAUAUAGUAUCGACUGCUAGAUGCAUGUAAGUUUUAAAUGGUUAUAUUGGUGCAAGAAGGUGUUGGGAGAAAUUGAAUGGAGAUUAACAUAAGUGUUCACAGGAACACAAUAUACAGAUACAUUAUAGAUUCUAUUCUGUUACUUGGACUGUUUAACAUUAUUUAAUGAACUUUAUGAGUAAGUUUCAGAUAGUUUGCAUCUAACUUCUAGAGAAAUCGUCUGUUUUAAUCUGUUCAUCUUUUUAUUUGUACUGUUAAACAUUAUUUUAUUAGUUUUAUGACCGAUUUUCAGAUCAUUUACAUUUAGCUUCCAGAGAAAUCUGCUUUAAUCUGUUUAUGUUCGUUUGUUUCUAAGGUUGUUGCCAUAAAUAUGCCAAAAUUUUAACUCACUUUGUUAAAAUGAAUACGUGUAGGAGAAUAUACAACGCAUCGUAGAGUUAUAUAUUCAUAUUAGCCGUUCGUGUUUUUUAUAUUUAAAUGUGUUGAAUGGUAAUGGUAUUCUGCAGCAGUACAGAUAGUAAAAGCAGGCCCGAUUGGCUUCUAUUACUUUCUGAAUAAGUAGAUGUGAUGGGCGUUACUAAAGAUAAAUAGUCUUCCUGCUUAAAAUACUUGUUACCAGAACGUGAUGGCUAUUUAUCUAUUAUUGUCGGGACAGUCAUGCUAGAAUGUCUACAUCUGCUCAACAGAUGUGCACGGAUUUUUCGUGUCUUACAUGACUUUUCAAUGAAGGGUUUUCAUAAAGACAUUAACGUUUCAAGUUAAGUGCAACCGUUUGCUUCCUUUUUGUGCAGGUGCUGGGAGUCGACCCUCUCAUUGCUUUCUGUGUAUUAUGAAAUAUGUAGCUUGUUUUUAUAUUUAAACUUUAUUGGUCUUAUAUUAUAUUAUAUGCUCUUGAUAUUAUAUAUGCAUGUAUGUAUGUUUAUAUAUAUAUAUAUAUAUAUAUAUAUAUAAUCAAUAGCUUAUAAGACCCAAUAGCUUGAAGGUAUUAUAAGCUCUUGGUAUGAUCAUACAUGCGUGGCAUACGACAAUCAAGAAUUUCACGUUAUGAGCUACAAAUUCAUACGUGCUGCAUGUGAAUUUAUAAUGCUAAUGUGGAGGAAAGGUUCAUCUAGCAAUUUAGCUGAAGUGCAACACAUUGUAAAUAAUCCGUAACCGUUUUAAUACAGAGGCAAAUAAAAUGCAUUAUUUAAGCUGA